AUGUCUCAUCCACAAACGCGUCCUGGAAAUGUCAACAAGCACCCAGGAAACAUUGUCUGGGAGGCAAACCGAGUCCAGCACCAGUCUAAAGAAGAAGUUGCUGCUGAAAAGAACCAGAAAGAACUUGAGAAGGCUAAUCAUGCUGUGGCAGAGGAGAAAUCACAUACAAUGAUUGCUGCAGCUGAAGAUGCCAUGGCCAUCCAGCAGAAGACUCAAGUGAAGGGCCCUCCAAAGCUUGUCAGGCCAUGCAUGGUUGUCAGCAAAAAGAGCACAAAUCUGGUGAAAGCGGUUGAGCAACCUGCAGUUACAGAACUCACUCUGUAUUACUUUGAUUACAUCUGUGCAUACCGUAUCAGCACCAAUCUCAAGCAGGUGAUCAGUUCUGACCUCACAGGGCCCAUUCCUGACUGGGCAGAGAAAGUUGUGUCACAAGCUCAGCUGAAACCAAGUGCACCACCAAGCAUUGAGCCAGCACCAAAAGUGCAGAGGGGAAAGAACAUCAUGCAUCUGAAGGAGAAACCAAAAGUCACCUCAAGAGGCAAGAAGCGCUCACUCCCAGUCCCAGAUGAAAUAGAGUUGUCUGCAGAAGGACUCAAGGACCCAGAUGCUGCAGAAGAACUCAAGAUUCUGGAGGAUCUGGAGGCUGAUGAAGAACUGGAGAACCUCAAAGACCUGGAUGAUGGCGAAGACUCGGACUUCAAGAUGCUUGAGGAUGAGGAGGAUGAUGGAAGUGAUUCCGCAAUGGUGGUGAAUAAGGCUAGCAUGGCACGACGCACAAGCUCUAUGUCAGUUGAUGUCUCAGAGCAGAAACCCACAACAAAGCAGGCCAAAGGCCGUACUACUAGGAUCAAGGCAGAGGUCAAGACUGAGCCUGAGCCUGAGGCUGUAGCAUCAGAAAAUAUUCAUGCGAAGCUCAAGAGAGGCAAGGUGAAAAAUGCGCACCUACCCAGCAGACUCCUUGAAAACGGAAUAUGGCACAUGAAGUUCCUUCCCUAUGUGAUGUAUUGGGUUGGUAACAGCGACCAUGGAUGGACCAUACCAGAGACUGAGCUCCAGUCUGUUCUCGAGUCAAUAUUUUAUGAGGUGUAUCCACAUAACAAAGGAGGGUGUAGUUUUGACAUUGAAGACUUGUCUUUUCAACUGGUAAGCCAAAGGAUCCACAAAUGGCGAGCUUCAUUUGGUUCAACAGCCGUCACUGUUUUGAUGGCUUUUUUCACUUCAACACCUGAUUAUGAGACUCAGGAAGCCCACAAGGAAUACACUGAGUAUCAACUCCAGGAUUGCCGUUUCAUUUAUGAAGAUCCUGACAAUGAAGAGCAACCCAGUGCCUUCUUGUCAGAAUAUAUACUACACAUUUUUGCAGCACACCUCACCACAGUUGCCGGGAAAGUAAGGGUGGAUUCAUUGGUUGAAUUUGGCAAGCCUGGAUAUCAGACUGCACUGGUGCUAACAGCUGUGGCAGCUGAGUGCACUCUCGUCUUAGUCAAAGACUGGUUGUUGGUUGAUAGCAACCCUGCUGACAACGGUGGUAAAACUCACAAGAUUGUACAGACACUUAACGAAGUGACUAAUAAGAUGAGCCAUACCAGGACAGCAUUUUCAUCUGGAAAUUGGGAGACAGAUACUUUGGCAUACAUGGACAGUAUCAAGACUCUACCCCAUGAACACAUCCAAGAGAUUCUCAAGUGGUUGGAAAACCAUAUGAAGAACCCACGUUUCAAUCAUCGCAGUUCAAUGGAUGAUGGUUCCACUGCCCCAGUCAACAAAUGCUCCCACCUUCGUAUAUGUAAUGAGCCUCGAGGACACAUCAUUUUUUUCGAAUACUACCGCGAUAUCAUCAUUCCCCCUCGUUUCCUGCUCUUUCAACCAGCUGCUCCACCACAUGCAUACUAUACCCGAGCACGCUCUAUUGUUUGGAUGCUAUAA